AACAAAUCACAGGAACCUGCCCGACUUCUACACAGAAGAAUGGCUACAAGAACCUUGGCAGUGUGGCUGCUGCUUGUGGCGGCAGAAUGGCCGCAGGGCUGCUGUCAGCACUGGUCAUAUGGACUGAGCCCGGGAGGGAAGAGGGAUCUGGACAGCCUUUCAGACACACUGGCCAAUCUAGUUGAGGGGUUUCCACACGUGGACACACCCUGCAGUGUUCUGGCUUGUGCAGAGGAAUCACCCUUCGUCAAGAUGUACCGAGCCAAAGGAUUUCUUGCCAGUGUCACAGACAGGGAAAAUGGACACAGAACAUAUAAGAAAUGAUGAUUAUUUGAUUCUACAAUAAAUUAUUACAUUGGCAUGUCACUAUAAA